AUGGAGGAAAACAGUUCAUUCCUGAGCCCUGAUUACAAUGACAGCACCUCCACAUGGGCACCAGUGCCCUCAGCACCCAGCAGACACCUGGGCACCCUUCCCAACCCCCAGACGCGCUUCAAGGACCUGACAGGGAUAUUUUUCAUGGUGACCAUGAAUGUUCUGGCACUUCUGGCCAACACUGCUGUUCUGGUUGUUGUCAUAAAAGCCCCUCAUCUCAGGAAAUUCGCCUUUGUUUGUCACCUGUGUGCGGUGGACCUGCUCUGUGCCAUCCUGCUCAUGCCUCUCGGGAUCGUGUCGAGCUCUCCGUACUUUGCUGGCGUGCUGUUCACUGUGCUGGAGUGUCAGGUGUACGUGUUCCUCAAUGUGAUCCUCAUAGCUGCCUCUAUCUUGACCAUCACGGCCAUCAGUGUCGAGCGUUACUACUACAUCGUCCACCCUAUGCGCUACGAGGUGAAGAUGACGCUGAAGCUGACUGCAGCGGUCAUGGUGAUGGUGUGGGUCACCUCUGCCACGCUGGGCCUGUCCACUGUGUUCGGGUGGCCGUCCUACGGCAGCCUGAGCACCAUCAGUGCUGCACACUGCUCGCUGCACUGGAGCCACAGUGAUCACAGACGGAUCUUCUCUGUGCUCUUCAGUGUCACAUGUUUCUGUUUGCCAGCUGUCGUGAUCUUUGCUGUCUACUGUAAUGUGUACAAGGUUGCACGUGUGGCCGCCCGCCAGCAUGGACCUCUGCCCUCCUGGACAACUAAUCAACUGAAGCUUCGCAAUGACUCAAUAAACAGUCAGACCACCAUCAUCACCACCCGCAACACCCCACGCAGGAGCAUGCGUGACCGUCCCUUUGGCGGUGGUAAAGCUGCUCUCACUCUGGUGCUAAUCGUUGGUCAGUUUCUGAUCUGCUGGCUGCCUUACUUUGCCUUCCACCUCCACCUCACGCUACAUGCAGCACCCAUCAUCCCCGAGGACCUGGAAGAGACAGUUAUCUGGCUGGCCUAUUCCUCCUUUGCUAUUAACCCAUUUUUUUAUGGGCUUCUUAAUCGUCAAAUCAGGGAGGAGCUUUGUAAGCUGCGGCGCUGCUACGCGGCCCGGCCCGUGGAUCUGGCUCUGUCCAGCCACGAGGGCUCAGGCCCUGAAAACUUCCUGCAGUUCCUCCACAGGACCAGCUGCACGUUAGAGACUCGAGCAAGCUUUGCCACACCCAGUCCCAGGAGCACUCUGGAUCAAACUGGGCAGACUGGAUUCAGGAUACCAGGACAGAUCCCAGAAGAGUUUGGCUAG